AUGGCCAAGCUGCUGAAGCCGUCCAGACUGGAGACAGAUCCCAGCUCGCCCACUGCAGCCAAAGAGUGGAAGCACUGGCAUAAAACAUUCACCAACUUCAUAGAAGAAAGUGGAGAUGCUGCACCAGACAAGUUUGAGGGCUUAGUUGAAUGUGUGGCCCCGAGUGUGUAUGAACUCAUUGAAGACUGUAGUACUUUUGAGAGUGCAAUCGCCAAACUGGAGAGUGCUUAUGUCAAGUUGCCGAAUGAAGUUUUUGCUAGGCAUGUUUUGGCGACACGACGACAGCAGUCAGGAGAAUCCCUUGAUGAAUUUCUGAGGGAGCUACAUAAGCUAAGCAAGAUUGUAACUGCCCAGGCAGUAACAGCUGAGCAAUAUCGGCAGGAGCUAGUACGUGAUGCAUUUAUCAAUGGUAUUGCUCAGCAUAUUCGUCAGCGCCUACUAGAAAAUAAGUCAUGA